AUGAGGGGUGCGCAACAAAUUCGCAAACAUGGUGCAUCAAGCUCACCUACUCUCUACACCGCCUUCUUUCCAACAGAUCAAGUGGCAGCAGCUCAAUUGGACGAAUCUCCCCGACUCCAACAAGUAUAG